AUGGAGGCGAACGUGCUGCUGCUGCUGCUGGCGGCGGCGCGCGCGGCGCUGGGCCGGAACCUGCGGUACCGGAUGUACGAGGAGCAGCGGGUCGGGGCGGUGGUGGCGCGGCUGUCCGAGGACCUGGCGGACGUGCUGCAGAAGCUGCCCAACCCCGCGGCCGUGCGCUUCCGAGCCAUGCAGCGCGGGAACUCGCCGCUGCUGGUGGUGAACGAGAGCUCGGGGGAGGUGAGCAUCGGGGCCACCAUCGACCGCGAGCAGCUCUGCCAGAAGAACCUCAACUGCUCCCUGGAGUUCGACGUGGUCACGCUGCCCACCGAGCACCUGCAGCUGCUGCACAUCGAGGUGGAGGUGCUGGACAUCAACGACAACGCCCCGCGCUUCGCCAGGCCGGUCAUCGCGCUGGAGAUCUCGGAGAGCGCGGCCGUGGGCACGCGGCUGCCCCUGGACAGCGCCUUCGACCCCGACGUUGGCGAGAACGCGCUGCACACCUACGCGCUCUCCGACAACCAGUACUUCGGCAUCGACGUGCGCACCCGCACCGACGGCGCCAAGUACGCCGAGCUCAUCGUGGUCCGGGAGCUGGACCGCGAGCGGGUGGCCAGCUAUGAGCUGCGCCUCACCGCCUCGGAUAUGGGCACUCCGCCGCGCUCCGGCUCCUCCCUCCUCAAGAUCAGCAUCUCGGACUCCAACGACAACAGCCCGGCCUUCGAGCGGCAGUCCUACCUCAUCGAGCUCCCCGAGAACGCGCCGGUGGGCAGCCUGCUGCUGGACCUGAACGCCACCGACCCCGACGAGGGCGCCAACGGCAAGAUCGUGUACUCCUUCAGCAGCCACGUGUCUCCCAAGAUCAUAGAGACCUUCCAAAUCGACUCCGAGCGCGGACACCUGACCCUCUUCAAGCAAGUGGACUACGAGAUCACCAAGUCCUACGAGAUCGACGUGCAGGCCCAGGACCUGGGUCCCAACUCCAUCCCCGCCCACUGCAAGAUCAUCAUCAAGGUGGUGGACGUCAACGACAACAAGCCCGAGAUCAGCAUCAACUUCAUGUUUCCCGGGAAGGAGGAAGUGUCCUACAUCUUCGAAGGGGACCCCAUCGACACCUUCGUGGCCUUGGUGAGGGUCCACGACAAAGAUUCCGGGUUGAAUGGGGAGGUGGUUUGCAGGCUGUAUGGACACGGCCACUUCAGGCUGCAGAACACCUACGAGAACAACUACCUAAUCUUCACCAACGCCACCCUGGACCGCGAGAAGAGGUCGGAGUACAGCUUGACCAUCAUUGCAGAGGACAAGGGGACCCCCAGCCUGUCUUCAGUCAAACAUUUCACCGUGCAGAUCAACGACAUCAAUGACAACCCGCCCCGUUUCCAGAGGAGCCGCUACGAAUUCGUGAUCUCGGAGAACAACUCGCCAGGCGCCUACAUCACCACGGUCACGGCCACCGACCUGGAUCUGGGGGAGAACGGGCAGGUGACCUACACCAUCUUGGAAAGCUUUGUCCUGGGGAGUUCCAUCACCACCUAUGUGACCAUCGACCCGUCCAAUGGGGCCAUCUACGCCCUCAGAAUCUUUGACCACGAGGAGGUGAGUCAGAUCACCUUCGUGGUGGAAGCCAGGGACGGAGGGAGCCCCGAGCAGCUGGUGAGCAACGCCACGGUGGUGCUCACCAUCCUGGAUGAGAAUGACAACGUGCCCGUGGUGGUGGAGCCUGCCCUGCACAACAGCACUGCAGAGAUCGCCAUCCCCAAGGGGGCCGACAGUGGCUUCCAUGUCACCAGGCUGAGGGCCAUCGACAGAGACUCUGGCGUGAACGCUGAACUCAGCUGUGCCAUCGUGGCUGGGAACGAGGACAGCGUCUUCCUCCUGGAUCCUCAGUCCUGCGACCUCCACACCAACGUGAGCAUGGAGUCAGUGGCCCGCACCACGUGGGGGCUCUCGGUCAUCAUUCAGGACAAAGGCAACCCUCCCCUGCACACCAGAGUCCUUCUGAAGUGCGUGGUCCUGGAGAACACCCCGGCGGUCACCAGCACCACCAUGACCUCGGUGAGCCAGGCCUCCCCGGACGUCUCCAUGAUCAUCAUUAUUUCCCUGGGUGCCAUUUGCACCGUGCUGUUGGUUAUCAUGGUGCUGUUUGCGACUCGGUGCAACCGGGAGAAGAAAGACACUCGGUCCUACAACUGCAGGGUGGCCGAGUCCACCUAUCAGCACCACCCAAAGAGGCCGUCGCGGCAGAUUCACAAAGGGGACAUCACGCUGGUGCCCACCCUCAACAGCACCCUGCCCAUCAGAUCCCAUCACAGAUCCUCGCCCUCCUCAUCACCAGCCCUGGAGAGGGGGCACAUGGGCAGCCGCCAGAGCCACAACAGCCACCAGUCACUCAACAGCUUGGUGACCAUCUCCUCCAACCACGUGCCCGAGAGUUUCUCCUUAGAACUCACCCACGCUACACCUGCGGUUGAGGUCUCUCAACUUCUCUCCAUGCUUCACCAGGGUCAGUACCAGCCCAGACCGAGCUUUCGAGGAAACAAAUACUCCAGGAGCUAUAGAUAUGCCCUUCAAGACAUGGACAAAUUUAGCUUGAAAGACAGCGGCCGAGGGGACAGUGAGGCCGGGGACAGCGAUUAUGACCUGGGACGGGAUUCUCCAAUAGACAGACUGCUGGGGGAAGGAUUCAGUGACCUCUUUCUUACAGACGGCAGAAUUCCAGCAGCUAUGAGGCUGUGCACGGAGGAGUGCCGGGUCCUGGGCCACUCGGACCAGUGCUGGAUGCCGCCGCUGCCCUCGCCGUCGGACUACCGGAGCAACCUGUUCAUCCCGGGCGAGGAGUUCCCGCCAGCGCCGCGGAACGCGCAGGGGCCCGCGGGCGCAGAGGAGGACGGCGCGGCGGCGGCCGCAGAGCCCGGCGAGAAGAAGAAGAGCUUCUCCACCUUCGGCAAGGACGCACCGCACGAGGAUGCCGGCAGCGAGGACGCGGGAACGGCCUCCCUGCUGUCCGAGAUGAGCAGCGUGUUCCAGCGCCUGCUGCCCCCGGCCCUGGACCCCUAUGCGGAGGGCACACCCGGGCCGCCGCUGGGCGCGCACCCCGGCGUGCAGCCCGCCUCCAAGUGGCUGCCGGCCAUGGAGGAGAUCCCCGAGAACUACGAGGAGGACGACUUCGACAGCGUGCUCAGCCACCUGGGCGACGGCAAGCCCGAGCUCAUGGACGCCAGCGAGCUGGUGGCCGAGAUCAACAAGCUGCUGCGGGACGUGCGCCAGAGUUAG